ACAUUCUAAUAAAACGAAAUGACUAUAAAAGGUUUAGGCAAAUAUGAGAACAGUACCACUUGAAUUCUAUUUAUCCAAAUAGCAGCAUUAAACAAAAUGGUUUCAUUCGAAGAAGCUUGUGAAUUGGCUAAGAACUUUAGCAAGAAGCCCUCCGACUCUGAAUUCUUGGAAUUCUAUGGUCUCUUCAAGCAAGCCAGCGUUGGUGAUUGCAACAUUGCUAAGCCUGGUGCUUUGGAUUUGAAAAAGAAGGCCAUGUAUGAAGCCUGGAACAAGCACCAAGGCUUGUCUCAAGAUGCUGCCAAGGCUGCCUACAUCCAAGUCUAUGAGAAAUAUGCUCCCAAAUACGCUUAAAUUGUUUAUAUUUAAUUGAUGACAAUGAUAGUAGGGGAUAUUAUUACUUAAUAACUAACUAAUUAUGUUUAAUAUUUAAGAAAUUUUGUUAAAAUAAAUUGGAAAGAAUUGAAAGGUAAUCAAAAGGAA